CCGUGCAGCUGGCUCCGGGCUCCUUCCUACAGGGGCCGGUUGGGACGCCAUUCAACCCGGAACUGUGAGUGCGGUCGAUUACUGGGUUUAGCCUGGAAAGAAGUGUAACGCGCACGGCGAGGUCACAGAAAACGGCUCUACCCAAGAACUGCUCCGGGGAGAAGGAGCUCAGAUGUGUGACGUCUGCACCACGGAGCAAAUCUUUCUCUCUUUCAACAGAGUUUUAGGAAGACGGUCUUCCGUUUCUCAGAAUGCCGCAGCAGAAGGACAUAGUGAAGAUUGCUAUCCAGAUGCCGGGGGCGUACCCCCAGCUCAUUCAGCUGGACCAGAAAAAGCCCCUUACUGCUGUGAUAAAAGAAGUCUGUGACAGGUGGAAUCUUCCUGGUCCUGAGAACUACGCUCUUCAAUAUGCGGAUGGAGUUCAGACCUACAUCACUGAGUCUAAUCGCUUGGACAUAAAGAAUGGCAGCAUUCUUCGUCUCACCAAGGCACCGGGGCGCUGUGCGGAGGACCUGUUUAAGGGCAUCCAGAGCUCUGACGCAGGGGUGUGCUGCGACUCCCUGAAGCAGCUGGUCAGCGUGUCCACAGACAUCACCUUCGCUCAGGAGUUCAUCAGCCGGGACGGACACUCUCUCCUCGUGCGGAUAGUGGAGGAAGCUCAGGAGACACACCUGAUCCUGACUCACGCACUCACCGCCUUCAUGGAGCUGAUGGACCACGGCAUUGUCUCCUGGGAGAACCUCUCCACCAUCUUCAUCAAGAAGGUCACCAGUUUUGUGAAUGAGAAGGCGGGGGACGCCUCUGUCCAGCAGGUGUCUCUGGACAUCCUGGAGAGCAUGGUUCUGAGCAGCAGGAGCCUCUUCCAGCAGAUCAGAGAUGAGAUCAUACUGGAGAGGCUGCUUUCCCACCUGCAGGUGUCCAACCAGCAGCUCCAGACCAAGGCCAUGGCUUUGCUCAUGGCCCUGCUGCAGACAGCUGGCGAGGCAGACCGGCAGGAUCUGUUUGCUUUCCUUGAGAAGAAAAACCUCCGGCAGUACAUCUAUAAGAACAUUAUCCACAGUUCAGGUGUGGUCGGGGAUGAGAUGGCCCACCACCUGUACGUUCUGCAGACCGUCCGUCUGAAUCACGUAGAGGCACGCAUGCGGACUCCGCUGGACUCCUUCAGUCAGGAGCAGAGGGAGGCUUUGCACAGUUUGCGGCAGGCUGUGUUCGAGAUGGAGGGUGAGGGCAGUCUGAGUAACGAGCGUCGGCGUUCGCUCUGCGCUAAAGAGUUUAAGAAGCUCGGCUUUUCGAACAACAGUAACCCAGGUCAGGACCUCAGCCGAACUCCUCCUGGGCUGCUGGCUCUGGACACCAUGACGUACUUUGCUUCCCGUUACCCAGACGCCUACAGCAGGUUUGUUCUGGAGAACAGUAGCCGUGAGGAUAAGCAUGAGUGUCCGUUUGCGCGGAGCAGCAUCCAGCUCACGCUCAUCCUGUGUGAGAUCCUACGUAUCGGGGAGCCACCGUCGGAGACAGGCUCCAGCUACCACCCCAUCUUCUUUGCCCAGGACAGGCUGGUGGAGGAGCUCUUCUGCAUCUGCAUUCAGCUCCUGAACAAGACGUGGAAGGAGAUGCGGGCCACCCAGGAGGACUUUGAUAAGGUGAUGCAGGUGGUACGAGAGCAAAUCACCAGGACCCUGUCCAGUAAGCCCACCUCUCUGGAGCUCUUUAAGAACAAGGUGAACGCUCUGAACUACAGUGAGAUCCUCAAACUGCGUCAGACGGAGAGACUGCACCAGGAGGAGACGCUCGCACCGCCGGUGCUUGAGCUGAAAGAGCGUCUGAAGCCGGAGCUGUUGGAGCUGAUCAAACAGCAGAGGCUGAACCGACUGUGCCAUGGAACCAUGUUCCGUAAGAUCAGCACUCGCCGGAGACAAGACAAGCUGUGGUACUGCCGCCUCUCGCCCAACCACAAAGUGUUGCACUACGGGGACGUGGAGGAGGAAACAGACAUGCCUCCCAUCGAGGCUCUGCAGGAGAAGAUCCCUGUGGCAGAUAUCAAGGCACUGCUGACGGGGAAGGACUGUCCUCACAUGAAAGAAAACAAGGGCAAACAGACCAAGGAGAUGCUAGACCUGGCAUUCAGCAUUACCUAUGAUGUGGAAGAGUACAGCUUGAAUUUCAUCGCCUCUUCCAGAACAGAUUUCUGCCUGUGGACGGAUGGGCUGAAUGUUUUGCUAGGCAAAGAGAUGAGCAGCGAGUCUAUGCGCAGUGAGCUGGAGAUCCUUCUCUCCAUGGAGAUCAAGCUCCGCCUACUGGACUUGGAGAACGUCCCCAUUCCUGAUAUAGCCCCGCCCAUCCCAAAACCUCCCAGCAACUUCAACUUCUGCUAUGACUUCAGCCAGGCGGAACAGUAAGGCCAGGGCGGGGCAUCCCACGGGUCCCCAGGGGCCGACUCUGCUCCUCUCACGCCCCUGAAGUGAGCAAAGAUCUCGCAAGUGCAAAUGGAGCUCCUAGUAGCACAUACGCAGCAGAGAAUUACCACCAAUUUAAUGGUGGGAGAUUUACGGAAAUAAGAGCGGCCAUUUCUGGGUUUUGGUGGGGCCUUGUGCAGCAUUGUGUUCUAGAGUUAGAGCAAGUCAUAGUCACCAAGUCCUUACAGAACUUUGCCUGAGAGCAGUGGAUCCCACACUGUGAUGACGUCAUCUCAUUGCGAUGACGUCAUCACAGUGCUAUGGCCUCAUUGCAGUGAAGACAGAGUUAGAGCAAGUGGUGCCAGAAUGAGAAUUGUUUGUAUCUUUUGUGCUUUUAUGUAUCAGUAUAUUUCUAUACUUGAGGCCCGGCAUGGUAAAACGAAAUAUUUAAACUUUUUCUUUUAUGUCAAAAUCACCCCUUUCUCAUGGUACUGACCGUUUCCAGAUGGGGAUUUUGUUUCUGUCUUCCUUUUGCAUUCAACCUUAUAAUGCAGUAUCAUUUAAGGUAUUCCUUUGCAACUGAAUGUACAAACAACAACAAAAAAAAGUGCAGUGUUUUUUAGUGAUGGGGUAAGACUGCCUGUGUGUUAGACAAGCACCUAACAUUUCUGAAGGGUGGGGACAGCCCUGCAGAUUACUAGUGCCACUGACGAGACACACAUCCAGUCAUGUGACCAGUAGUGAGUCAGUAAUAUGACAAGAAAUAUGACACGAUUUCCUGUUGUACCCUGUUGCAGUUCUGAACAACAUCUUGGGAGGAAUUGAAAUUCUUGAGAGAGAAAAAGACUCAGAUGAGAGUGAAUCUAACUUCUGUAUUUAAGAAGGGGGUUAAAAAUGUACAUUACCCCAAACACUGGCAUGCUACACUCUUAAAUUGUUAUUUGGUACUUGGUACUCUGUUGUAUCUACAUAACACAUUGAAAACUGAUUUGUAAACAUUUUGUUUUUAUUGUAAUGGAACAGAGAAAUCAGUGUUCUUUAUGCAUGGUGCUAAAAGCAAUAGCAAUGUUGUGCAUUACUGGGGCUCUAAUGUAGCUAUACAGUAUCUGCAUUAGUCUUUGGAAUAGACCAGAGCCCGCUGUUUGGACUAAUGUGUGUGUAUAUAAACAUGGGACACCUGCGCAAAUACAGUUAAUACUGUACUCUUAUCAAGGGUGUGUGUGUGUAGGAUAGCUGUCUGUGGCGGGCUUGUGGGGUCAGUGCUUAAUACCAAUUCAGCGGUCUUGCACUUGGCUUAUGCAAUAAUAGCAGGGAAAAGACUUGUAGUCUUUCAGAUGGCAUACUAUAAUAAAACUGCAAACAUUUUAGUUUUCUACUACUGUCACUGAUAUCAAGAUUCUCGUCACAGAAUGCAAGUCAUAUGUAUUUGUUCUUAUUGUAAAUAGCUGUUGGUCAUAAGUUACUGGUUUCCUGGGAAACGUAGCGCCGUAUGCAUUCUACGAUUCAGACAGAACACUUUAGACUUUUUGUAUGAAUUUUACAAUCAUUAAAAUACAGAAUCAUUUCUAA